AUGUCGCAUCCCGUCGAACCACGCACAAGCACCUCCAGCACCAUCAUGCAGCCUUCCGCCGCCUCGAAGGUCUUCAACAUCCCAGAACUCCUCGAGAAUAUCCUCAUCUACCUUCCGAAACCAUACAAAGACUACACUACUCGCGAAAAGCACACUUCCUACUACAUGGGUAAAGUCCCACACCCGCUCUUCCAACUCUUCGUACUCAAGCGCUUGAACAGCACUUUCAAGGCUACUAUUGAAGGCUCAAGGACCUGCCGUCGGCUGAUGCACCUCGAACCUGUGUCAGACACGGUCAAAGAUCGUCGAGUAAUGAUGAACUGGCUGCUGAGAGAUCUCGGCUGGACGACCCACACGACGAAACAAGGACGGGUGGGCUUGCGACGACUAUUUGACGGUGGAACUUGGGUGUCUAUUAGCAAGUCCCUCCAAGCUACAACGGCCUACUUCGCGCAAUUACAGAGCUGGAGAGCAGUGGCAUGGCACCCAGCUACUGUUUCACGUGCGAACUGCGUUCCUCAGUUGUUUGUGACCGGGGCCUGGGAAAUGAUUGCUACGGGCGGUACCUUCGGCCCGGACGCGGAUCUUGGGGAGCUGUUGAAUUGGUACGUGACCGAGAUGGAGAAGACCUAUGAGAUGAUCAACGAAGCGCGGCACCGGGGCGUGGGAAUGUGA